AUGGAAGACAACGCCGAGCUCGAGUCCUUUCGCCGACAGUGGCGCGAGGAGGUAACUCGUCGAUCAAGACCCAAGACUAGUACCCCUCCGGCUCCGACACCGACUGCCCCGCCCUUGUCUCGUCUUCCGCCCACACGCCAUGAGGCCUCUCACCGCAAUGAGGUGGAAGAGGAGGGCCCUCCACUGGCCUCCUUCGAUCCAGAUGAGCUGGCCCAACAAGUCGGAGAGCUGAGCGUGGAACCAGCUGCAGAGGACUUCUCACGUCGAGAGGUGGUCGAGCCAACUUCUGCCUUGGAACAUUUUGAGCGGGCGGUAGAAAAGGAGGCAGAAGGCAACUUGGGUGACAGCCUCUCGCAUUACCGGAAAGCAUACAGACUUGACUCCGCCGUCGAUAAAUCCUUCCGCAACAAGCAUUAUUCCCACGUAUGGAAGAGACCGAACCAACCCACGCCCGCUCCGGCAGCAACGGCCCAACCACAACCUGCAGAGGUAGAGACUGUACCUACACAUGAGCUUAUUGCAUCCUUUGCAAAUAUUCCCAUCCCACAAGCAGAGCCGCUUAUCGAGAACACCCCGCCACCCCCAUGCCCAAUCGCCGCUGUGCCGUCGGAUGUGAUCGUGGAAAUCCUCCGCCAUGUGGCUCUGGAUGACCCGUCGACAUUUGGUCGCAUGGCACUAGUUUGCAAGCGGUUGACCUACCAUUUUGCCUACGAACAACACAUAUGGAAGCGAGUAUGUCAAGACUCAAAGUUUGGCUUUGGAGGAAUGCAUUACGACUUUGCAUGCGACCUGCUUGGGCUUCCAAUCUACACCCUUGGCCCACGAUACACUCCUUUCCCUAAAGACAAACCUGUGGAAAUCCCUCAGCCGCUGUCUUCAUGGAGCCAGGUUUUCCAAACCCUUCCUCGGGUUCGGUUCACAGGAGUCUACAUCAGCACGGUCAAUUAUACGCGACCCGGUGCCACUGCUGCCUAUUCGAAUGUUUCAUGGAACAGUCCCAUCCACAUUGUGACGUACUACCGUUACCUGCGGUUCUACCCAGAUGGAUCAGUCGUAUCACUUCUCACCUCCACCGAGCCAGUCGAUGUGGUCCCUUACAUUAGCAAGGAGAACGUGAUGGCAGCCCGUACUCCAGGUAAUCGCAAGCAUCAGCGCAACGCCUCUGACCAGGGUCAAUCUUUAUCUGGAGCGACUGAACCUGUGCCAGCCGUUGCCAUGGCUGCAUUAAAGCAUGGUCUUAGGGGUCGCUGGCAUUUAGCCUGUCUUGUUGACACACCUGAACCCUCCGAUCUGGCCUGGAAGCCCGAGUCGGGAUCUGGCGAAAAGCCGCUCCUCUCCGAUCACCGGGAUAUCCUCAUUGAAACAGAGGGUGUUGACUCUAGGUACGUGCACACAAUGCAUCUAUCUUUGCGAUCUCCCACGAUCCCCAAAGCCGCUCAGGCAGGCCCAGCUCCUCCCAACCCACCGAAAAAUACAAAGCUGGUCUGGAAGGGAUUCUGGAGCUACAAUAGAAUGACCGAUGACUGGGGCGAGUUUGGCCUACGAAAUGAUAGAGCAUAUGUGUUCCGACGAGUGCGCGGUUGGGGACUAGAGUGA